AUGUCCGACGUUAAGGGAGGAAAGCGUUCAAGCGCCGACGCCGACGAGACAAUCCGCAAGAAGGCUAGGAAGGAGGGCGCAGAGGACGAGCAAUACAAUCCUUAUCUCGCCCACAUGUACGACAACGGGAAUGGCAGCAAUGGCCAUGGCGAGGAGCCUUCGCAGGAUUCUCCCCUCGCCGGUAUGAAGCGACAGCAAACCACCGCCAAGCAGGCCUCCAAGGCCGAGGACUCAGAGUCGAAUCCCUUCACUGGCCGACCGCACUCCCAAAAGUACUUCCAGAUCCUUCAGUCUCGUCGCGAUUUGCCUGUGCACAAGCAACGGCAGGAGUUCCUCAACAAGUAUCACGAGACACAGAUCCUCGUCUUCGUCGGCGAGACAGGUUCCGGAAAGACCACUCAGAUUCCCCAAUACGUCGUCUACGACGAGCUACCUCACCUCACCGGCAAGCUCAUCGCUUGUACCCAACCUCGUCGAGUCGCCGCCAUGUCGGUUGCGCAGCGUGUCGCCGACGAGAUGGACGUCACGCUGGGUGAGGAAGUUGGUUACAGUAUCCGUUUCGAGGACAUGACCGGUCCCAAGACCAUGCUCAAGUACAUGACUGAUGGUAUGCUUCUGCGCGAGGCCAUGCAUGAUCAUGAGAUGUCCCGCUACAGCUGCAUCAUUCUCGACGAGGCCCACGAACGUACCCUUGCCACCGAUAUUCUCAUGGCUCUGCUUAAGCAGAUCUCUAUGCGCCGUCCCGACCUCAAGAUCAUCAUCAUGUCUGCUACUCUCGAUGCCGAAAAGUUCCAGAAGUACUUCAACGAUGCGCCCCUGCUCGCUGUUCCCGGACGAACCCACCCCGUUGAGAUAUUUUACACCCCCGAGCCUGAGCGCGAUUACGUCGAGGCCGCCAUAAGAACUGUUCUCCAGAUUCAUGCUUCAGAGCCUGAGGGUGAUAUCUUGCUUUUCCUUACGGGUGAAGACGAGAUUGAAGACGCUUGUCGCAAGAUCAGCCUCGAAGCCGACGAGUUGAUGCGCGAAGUUGAUGCGGGUCCCCUCGCUGUUUACCCUCUCUACGGUACUCUGCCUCCUCAUCAGCAGCAGCGCAUCUUCGACAAGGCUCCCCCGCCUCUGCGCAAGGGUGGACGUCCCGGUCGCAAGGUCAUCAUCUCCACCAACAUCGCCGAGACCAGUUUGACCAUCGACGGUAUCGUGUACGUCGUGGAUCCAGGUUUCAGCAAACAGAAGAUCUACAACCCCCGUAUCCGUGUCGAAUCUCUCCUCGUCUCGCCCAUCUCCAAGGCUUCUGCCCAGCAGCGUGCCGGUCGUGCCGGUCGUACCAAGCCUGGAAAGUGUUUCCGUCUGUAUACCGAAAAGGCUUUUAAAAAGGAGCUUAUCGAGCAGACCUACCCUGAGAUUCUGCGCUCCAACCUUGCCAACACUGUCCUGGAGCUCAAGAAGCUUGGUGUCGAAGAUCUUGUCCACUUCGAUCUUAUGGAUCCUCCCGCUCCCGAGACCAUGAUGCGAGCUCUCGAGGAGCUUAACUACCUCGCCUGUCUCGAUGACGAUGGCGAGCUCACGACUCUCGGAAGCAUGGCAUCAGCUUUCCCUCUUGACCCAGCACUGGCUGUCAUGCUCAUCUCGUCUCCUGAGUUUUACUGCUCUAACGAGAUUCUCUCCAUCACAUCGUUGCUCUCAGUCCCACAGAUCUUCACUCGCCCUGCCAACAACCGGAAGCGCGCCGACGAGAUGAAGGCUCAGUUUGCUCACCCUGACGGUGACCAUUUGACUCUCCUCAACGCCUACCACGCCUUCAAGGGCCAAGCCACAUCAGAUCCUAACAGCGCCAAGCAGUGGUGCCACGAACACUUCCUCUCGUUCCGACAUCUUUCGAGUGCUGACAACGUUCGCGCUCAGCUCAAGCGCAUCAUGGAAACGCAUGGCCUCGAGCUUGUGUCAACACCUUUCGAGGACAAGAACUACUACACCAACAUCCGACGCGCGCUGCUCGCCGGUUUCUUCAUGCAGGUCGCCAUGAAGGAGAGCUCUGGCAAACUUUACCGCACAGUCAAGGAUGAUCAGGCUGUCUUGAUUCACCCCUCGACUGUUCUCCGCACCGAGUUUGACUGGGUUCUCUAUAACGAAUUCGUUCUGACGUCCAAGCAAUACAUCCGAACGUGUACAGGCAUCAGACCCGAGUGGCUACUGGAGAUCGCCCCCACAUACUAUGACAUUGACAGCUUUGAGCAAGGCGAUGUCAAGCGCUCUCUCGCACGCGCUGCAGAGAAGAAGCGCCGCAAGGAAGCCAUGAAGACUGGCAGAUGA